GCAGUGCAGGGGACGUCGGGGGAGCGGAGCCCAAAGGAGAAGCUAAUGGAAAGCCAGGCUGGGGCCUGGUUCCGCCUCCAGACCCAGGCGGCCACAGUGGAUUGGACAACGCAGCGACGCUUCCGCCCGCCUCCCGGUGUCACGCGACCGUCUCCACCUCCCGCCCUUCCCUCUUUACCUCCCGGCCAGCCUGGCCAGUGAUGAGAUAUUCGGACAGGUGGAGAAGUGGCCACGGCGAUCGAAAUCACGUCCACGACCGCGACCAUGGCCGAGUAUCACGCCCAGAAUAAAGCCAAGCUCAUCUCUGAGACCCGACGGAGAUUCGAAGCCGAAUACGUGACAGAUAAGCCAGAUAAAUAUGAUCCACGUGAUGUUGAAAGGCUACAACAAGAUGAUAACUGGGUUGAAAGUUACUUAAUUUGGAGACAUAAUAUUGUUGAUGAAGCACUGAAGAUGCUUGAUGAGAGUUUUCAGUGGAGGAAAGAAAUGUGCGUCAACGACCUGACUGAAUCCUCCAUUCCCAGAUGGUUAUUGGAAAUUGGUGGUAUUUAUCUCCACGGUUAUGACAAAGAAGGCAACAAGUUGUUCUGGAUCAGGGUGAAGUAUCAUGUAAAAGACCAUAAAACCAUGUUGGACAAAAAGAAGCUUAUCGCAUUCUGGCUGGAACGUUAUGCUAAAAGAGAAAAUGGGAAACCCGUAACAGUGAUGUUCGACCUGUCAGAAACUGGCAUAAAUAGCAUAGACAUGGACUUUGUACGCUUUAUCAUCAACUGCUUUAAGGUUUAUUAUCCUAAAUACCUCUCAAAAAUGGUGAUCUUCGAUAUGCCUUGGAUAAUGAAUGCUGCUUUCAAAAUUGUGAAAUCCUGGCUUGGUCCGGAAGCAGUGAGUUUGUUGAAGUUUACCAGUAAAAGUGACGUCCAGGACUAUGUCAGUGUGGAGUACCUGCCUCCCCACAUGGGUGGGACUGAUCCUUUCAAGUAUAGCUAUCCCCCACUAGUGGAUGACGACUUCCAGACACCAUUGUGUGAAAAUGGGCCUAUUGCUAGUGAGGAUGAAGCUUCAAGUAAAGAAGACCUAGAAAGUGAUGGCAAAGAAACCUUGGAAACAGUUUCUAAUGAAGAACAAACAACUCUUCUAAAAAAGAUUAACCUAACUGAACAUACUUCCAAAGCAGAAGAAAAUGAAAAGGUUGAUUCCAAAAUGAAAGCUUUCAAAAAACCAUUGAGUGUGUUUAAAGGGCCUUUAUUACACAUCAGCCCAGCAGAAGAACUGUAUUUUGGAAGUACAGAAUCUGGAGAGAAGAAAACUUUAAUAGUGUUGACAAAUAUAACAAAAAACAUCGUAGCUUUUAAGGUGAGAACAACUGCUCCAGAAAAAUACAGAGUCAAGCCGAGCAACAGCAGCUGUGACCCUGGAGCAUCAGUUGAUAUAGUUGUGUCUCCCCACGGGGGUUUAACAGUCUCUGCCCAAGACCGUUUUCUGAUCAUGGCUGCAGAAAUGGAGCAGUCAUCUGGCACGGGCCCAGCAGAAUUGACUCCGUUCUGGAAAGAAGUUCCCAGAAACAAAGUGAUGGAGCACAGGUUAAGAUGCCAUAUUGUCGAGAGCAGUAAACCAACCACUCUGACAUUGAAAGACAGUGCUCUUGCCAUGUCCGAUAAAACCAGUGAAGAUCUUUAUCUACAAUCUGCCAACUCCAGACGUGAAAGUGACUUCAGUACACCCUAAGUACUGGCCAUAGUAUCUCUCUGUGUGUGUGCACAGCGGUGUCCCCUUCUGUGUCACAUCCCCGGCCUGCCUAGCUUCUAACCCCAAAGUAUCUGUGUAUGUUUUCUGUUCCUCGGCAAACAUGAGGAACUCACUGGUCAGAAUUGGAAGCGUGCUGUCCUAACAGUGUCCCUUUAAUGUUUCCAGUGAAAAUGACAUUGACUCACUAAGUUGUUCUUCCCCGAUGUCUGGCGGGUUCAAUUGAAUAACCUAUCUUGUUAAUGUUUGUGUGUCUAUUCAGUGAGACUAUGCAAGAUGACUGAAAAUUAACCAUAAAAUCAAAGGCUUCUAAACUUUUGGUCUUGUCUUAACUAAUCA